AUGGUGCGGAAUUUCUGGGUGUGGCAGCUCCUCGCCGUGAGCUUGGUUAUCUCGGUGUGUUAUGCCGGAGGCCAUGGCGGGCAUGGGGGUGGAGGAGGUGGUGGCGGUCACGGUCACAGCAGCAGCUUCGAUGAGGGCGGCGGAAGUGAGCACGGGAGCGAUCAUCACUCCGAUCACGGGUCCAAGGGUGGCAAGAAGUACGACUCUGGCCAUCACUUCGACAAGGGCGAGAAGGGCAGCUAUGGAAAGGAGGAGGACUCCGGUCACUACGGCGAGGAGGGCAGCCACAAGAAGUCCAGCUACGACGAGGGUGAUGAGCACGGAUCGCACCAUGAAUCAAAGAAAGGCUCCAAGGGUGGUAAAUUCGGCCACAAGAAGGGACACAAGAAAGGUUCGGAGACAUCAGGAUAUCACCACAAGUCGGGCAAGGACAAAUAUCACAAGGAGCACAAAUUCUACGAUGAGGCUCACAAUGAAGGCAAACACUCCAAACAUGGAGGCUUCCAUGAGCACCACCACAAGAAGGGUGGAGACCAUAAGAAGGGAGGCAAGCAUGAGUCCGGAUUCGCGGAGGGACACAAAGGCAAGAAGGGUCACCACGAUAAGGGACAUUAUGACGAUGGGCACAAAGGUUACAAAGGACAUCACGGACAUGAGUCUCACCACUCUCACCAUGAGGAUCACGGCAAGAAGGGCGGUUCUUCCGGAGGAAGCGAACACGGUUUCAAGCACGGUCACGGUGGUGGUGGUGGCGGCGGUGGCGGUCAUGGUCACCACUAA